CGCUGGCUCCUCGGCCCGGUUCCUAGUCAGGCCUGUCUUGUCCUUUGCAGGCAGCCAUGCCCAGCGAGAGCAAUCACAAGGAUAACAGUUCUUCCACUCAGGAUAGAGGUGCCGCAGACUUUGCUGUUCGAACCCGCAAGAGAAAAUCCGACGUUGUAGUAUUUUUACAGGAUCCUGAUGAAGAUGUUGCCAAAAUAGAAAUUAUGAAGAAGCAAAAUGAAAGCCAGCCAUCUUCAAAUCCUGAUGUGUGCACACUUCCCCAUAUGCUGAUCCCUACACCAGACAAAGAAGAUGAGUUGAGGAGUCCAAAACUCUCUUUCAUGCACCAAAGCUUUACUGCUGCUAGAGAUUCACCCUUGCCUGUUUUGGGUUGGGCAAAUAGAGAUGAAGUAUGGAAAAACAUGAUCGACAAAGAGCAGGCUUACGUGAGAGAUAAACUAUAUAUGCAAAGGCACCCACUCUUGCAACCUAAAAUGCGAGUAAUUCUUCUAGACUGGCUAAUGGAGGUUUGUGAAGUCUACAAGCUUCACAGAGAGACAUUUUAUUUGGCACAAGAUUUCUUUGACCGGUUCAUGGCAACACAACAGAACAUUAUAAAGACACUGUUGCAACUAAUUGGCAUUUCAUCUUUAUUCAUAGCUGCAAAGCUUGAGGAAAUCUAUCCUCCAAAAUUGCAUCAGUUUGCAUAUGUUACAGAUGGAGCUUGCACAGAAGAAGAAAUUCUUAGCAUGGAACUCAUCGUAAUGAAGGCACUCGGUUGGAAUCUCAGUCCCCUCACAGUUGUGUCCUGGCUAAACAUAUACUUGCAAGUCGCAUAUCUAGAUGAGAUCUAUGAGAUGCUACUUCCACAGUAUCCACAGCAAAUAUUUGUGCAAAUAGCUGAGCUUUUGGAUCUCUGUGUACUGGAUGUUGGCUGUCUGGAAUAUACAUAUGGCAUCCUAGCGGCUUCUGCUUUAUAUCACUUCUCCUCUUGUGAGCUGAUGCAGAGGGUUUCAGGUUAUGAAUUUUCUGACAUAGAAGAGUGUGUGAAAUGGAUGGUUCCUUUUGCUAUAGUUAUCAAGGAAGUAGGGAGCUCAACGAUGAAACAGUUCAGAGGAGUUCCUUCGGAAGAUUUGCACAAUAUACAGACGCACAUAAACACUUUUGAUUUGCUGGACAAAGUUCAAGCUAAACAGGCCAUAUUGGCUGAGAAAAACAGGAGUUCGCCUUUACCUACUGGUGUCCUCACCCCACCUCAGAGUAGUAAGAAAUUAUCUCAGAUAUCCAAACAGCUGUGACUGUGCAAGCUGCCUAACCUGAAGACCCCUUGGCUUGAAGUGCCUUUUUAAUCAUUCUUCCACCAUGAGAUGCUGCCAACGAUUGACUGAAAAGUCUGUGAAAUUAUCUAUAAAUGAAAGUCCUUUUUAUGUAUUUUGUUUUAAUGGGGGAAAUUUUACAUCAUGGAAACUAUUUUUACUGGACACUUAUUUGUAAAUGAACUGCUUGAGUACACCAGCCACCCCAAACAACAAGCCUUUGCUUGGAUUGCUGCUAAGGAGGGUGAUACUCAAUGUGCUGAUUUGCAAAAGGGAGAGGGAAAGAAGGGGUAGUGCCCUCUGCUUUUCUGGAGCACCGAGGAUGCUCUUCUUUCAUGUUGCUGAAGGAGGUGAACCUCUUCCCAGACUUCUUAGUUUACAACUUGAUCCUUUUUUAAAAAACACUUUGUAUAAAUGCUCUUGUGUGUCUUUAAUUUUAAAUAAAAUGCUAUUUGUGUGUA